UCGUUCGGCGAGCUUGCUUUUUAUGGCCACUAUUCUCGCGGCGAGAGAAGAAAGGAGAAGGCAAGAAAAGAGAGAGAGGCAGCCAAGCGCUCUCCUCCCCUCCCCUCCCCUCUCCUAUCCCUACGACGACGCCGACGCCGAGCCCGAGGGCGACGCCGAGGCUGAGGCCCCCGACCUCGCUGGCCGCGCACGGGCGCGCGUACCAUGACCUCCUCCCCCUCCUCCUCAAAGCCACCACCACACCUCCUCCUCCACGUCGACACCACCGCCACCGCCAACAGCUCGGCCGUUUCCUCCCCCUCCGCGUCAUCCGCCCACUCCUCCCGCACCCCGUGCCCCUCCGCCGGCGGCAGCGGUGGCGGAACCGGGCAGAAUCAGGCGUGCGCGGCGUGCAAGUACCAGCGGCGCAAGUGCAACCCAGACUGCCCGCUGGCCCGCUACUUCCCCGCCGACCAGCAGCGCCGCUUCCUCAACGCGCACCGCCUCUUCGGCGUCAGCAACAUCCAGAAGACGCUGCGCCGGAUCGACCCGGAGCUCGGCCCCGAAGCCAUGCACACGCUCAUCUACCAGUCCGAGGCCCGCGCUGCCGACCCCAUCCACGGCUGCGUCCGCAUCAUCAAAGAACUCGAGCGACAGCUCAACAUGACUAGGGUAGAGCUCGCCAACGUUUACCACCAGAUCGCGAUCUACCGCCAGGCGGCCGCCGUGGACCCGCUCGCCGACCCGACCAUGCUCCUACCUCCGGCUGCUACCGCAGCCGUGUCUGGCCAGGACAACGUCGUCGCCAUGGAUGCGAUCUACGCCGGUCAGGAACCCGUCCCGGCCGGCGCCGGCGUUGUCUUCCAUGACCAGCAAGAGUACCAUGUCCUCAAGGUCGAGGACCAGGACCAUCCUCCGCCGCAUCAGCUUUACGACUACUUCUGUUACGAUGGGACCGCCUGCGACGAGGCGACCAGCCACGACGCGAGCGUGCAGCAAUACGGUUAUGCCAACGCCGGCGUCAAGGCCGGGUCGCCGGUGGAGCUCAGCGAGCAGCUGGAACAGCACUGCCAGAUCGAGGCGGCGCCGUUUGUGGACGCGUUCGACGUGAAGCCCCAGCACCUACCCUUAUCGAUGGAGCAUCACGGCCAUGCCGGCGUCGAGCAGCCGGAAGAGAAUGUGACCGCCGUGUUGAAGUACCACGCAGAUCAGCCAGCGACCUCAGCGGCGCAAUGCCACUUGGAGUUAGGCUUCUCCUCCUUCUAAUUAAUGUAUGGUAGAUUCGUCCAACCAUGCAAAUUGAGGUUGGAGCGGUGACAUCAUUCAUUUCUUGAUUUAUUUCAUUAGGAUA